AAUGGCAUCGUGGCGCGCUCUGUGAAAAAUGAAGAGAUAAGACGACGGACGGACGGACGGACGGACGGAGUCGUCCCCGCGCCACCGCCAUGGCGAGCCUCCUCCCCUGCUUCAACUGCCGUUCCCCUUCCCCCCCCGCCCUCCCCCGCACGUGCGCCCCUCGGGCCCCCGCACGUGCGGGUCUCGCCGCCGGUCGUUUUCCCCGGCGCCGGCGGGACGCCUCGCCGCGCCGGCAGGGGCGCCCGGCUGGUGGCCGCCGCCGGCCCGAGCGGGAGCAGCUACGUGUUCGCGUUCGUGUUCCCCUCUCUCCUCGUCGUCACCGUCUUCGCCUCCAUAAAGAUCGCCGAUAAGCUCGACAGGGACUUCCUCGAGGAGCUUGCAAUCAAUCAAGCAAUAAAGGAUGCAGAUGAAGGUGAUGAUGCCGAGGUCUCUUUAGAAGAAAAACCUGUUCUUUCCCGCACUCGCAACCGGCCGAAACGAGAAGCAUAGGCUGCAGCGGCAUCAUGUGCAGUUUUGACUUUAGUUGAGAGACCAACACACCUUCGGGAAGACCAAUCUGGAGAGAGCCAUAGCAUGCUUGUAGUUUCAUGUGAUUCAUCUUGGCUUUAAGUAACUGUAAUUUGGUUAUGAUAGAAUGCACAGAGUUGGCAUACUUCUUGAGGAUAAUGUGACAGGAUUGAACUGCAACCCGAACGUAGUGGAUUGAACUGCAACCCAGAUGUGCUAAUGUCGAUAUCAACAGUUAUCAAUGUUCCAUCUUGUAACGUUGCUUAUCCGCCAUUGUGAUCUUUCAAAUACGUUCAA